AUGACGGGCUCUGGCAAGACCACGUUCAUAUCAAAGGUCACCGGCCGCACCGAUCUGCAAAUCGGACACGACCUCACAUCCUGCACCCGCGAGAUCCAGGUCGCCGAGGCCAAGACAGACGGCCAGACGGUGCGCCUCGUCGACACGCCGGGCUUCUCAGACACCAGGCUCUCCGACACGGAGGUCCUGCAGAUGAUCGCCGACCACCUGGCCGCGGCGCACAGGCAGGAGGCGAAGCUGACGGGCAUCAUCUACCUGCACCCCAUCUCGGACACGCGCGCGAACCUGGCGGACGUGACCCUCGCCAGGACCAUGUGGGACCGCGCCGGCGCCGAGGAGGGCGCGCAUCUGGGCCCUCCUGCUGGCAAUGGGUGCCUCGACGGCCCCGGGUCCCCGCGCGAGGUCGUGGCCGCGGCGGUGGCGCGCGGCACGGCGCCGUUCUACCUGCAGCUGCAGGAGGAGACGGCGGCGGGCCGCGAGGUCGCGCUGGAGCUGGCGCCACGGCUCAGGGAGGAGCACCACCGCGAGCUGGCCGAGGUGGAGGGCGUGGUGCGCUCGUCGGCCGAGCAGGGCGGCGCUGUCGUCGAGGCCGUGCGGAGCCACUACCGCGGCCGCAUGGGCGAGCUGGAGCGGACGCUUCCUAAUGAGCGCCGGUUGAAUGAGGAUGCUGUGGGCGCUUAA